AUGCCUGCUCCUCCACCGCCGCCGCCGCCGCCGCCUCCCCCUCCUCCGGGUAUGGGUGGCCCUCCUCCACCACCACCUUUACCUGGGAACGCUCUUCCUGCGGCUCCUCCAAAGGCAGUUGCGAAAGGUCGGGACGCUCUACUGUCGGACAUUACAAAAGGCGCAAGGCUCAAGAAAGCCACCACAAAUGAUCGUUCCGCGCCUAUGGUGGGCAAAGGUUCGGGCGGAGGAGGAGGGCCUGUUGCAGGAGCACCACCGGUGCCUGGAGGGCUAAAAGCACCCAGUGGCCUCGCGCCGCCUGUUCCAGGUGGAGCGAAUCGAGCCCGAAGCCACAGCGACGCCGGACGAGACUCAACCGCCAGCCUCGACGGACCACCACAAUUGGCGGGAUUACUUGCUGGAGGCAUUCCCAAGUUGAGGAAGACCCGAGGAGGUGUUUCGACUGGAGCUGGCAUGGAUGGUGCUCAUUCAGACUCGGAAACAUCAACACCGGGUCCUCCCCGACCUCCUGUCGCAGCACCGCCUCGCCUACCAUCAAUGCCUGCUCCUCCCAUACCGGGUUUCAGGCCUCCUCUUCCAGGAUCAGUCGACUCCGCGCCAGCAGUCCCAAGCCCACUCGCCAACCUGAAAAAGCCUCCUCCCAAGCCACUGUCCAAGCCCUCAUCCGUGGCCAGCCUCGCGGCUGGAAAACCACCACCACCUCCGCCAGCCUCGCGCAAAGUAAGCGCUGCUGCUGCUCCGCCGUCGGCACCACCCCCUCCGCCUUCGUCAUUCAGUUCUGUCCCUCCGGCACCGCCGCCUCCUCCACCGCCGCCCUCCAUAAGUCCGGCUCCGCCAGCGCCGCCUCCACCCCCUCCCCCAGCAGCGAGCCCGUCAUUUGCACCACCACCACCCCCGCCUCCUCAAUCAUCUAGCCCGGCUCCUCCUGCUCCGCCUCCGCCACCACCGCCGGCAAGUUCAGCAUCCUCAUUAGCACCACCGCCGCCUCCUCCGCCAUCACUACCGCCAGCAGGACCACACUCGCGAUCAACACCACCUCCUCCACCUCCAGGCCUACCUCCGCCUCCUAGUCAUCCACCAACGACAAACGGAGCAGGGCCAUCAUUAGCACAGAGAGCUGCUGCAACGGCAUUUGGCAGACAACCAUCCUAUCAGCCUCCUGAUGCCCCACCGUCGCCCUCGUCUCCCAUAUCACCGCCCGCGUCUCGACGCGUUUCUCAGAUCCCAUCGCGUCCUGGACUGGACGCGAGCUCAUACACACUAACCAACGGAGGCCCUUUUGGACUCUCCAGCGGGUCAGGAGGUCCGAUCCGCAUCGAAGACAACAGAUGGAAGUUCCAGGAUGAGAGCCAAUUACCUCCGCCACGGCAGUUCACAGGCGUCCAGAAGAGAUACCGGGCAGGAAGGGGGAGUACUGUUCCCCUUGACCUUGCGAGUCUGGAAUGA